CCUCGAUAUUCCGACAAUCUAACCAUUUAACCCUCUUACCCGACAAAUCAAAACGAGAACCCUAGCAACACCAAUAUUUCACUACAUCACUGCACUCUGAUCAGCAAAAAUCCUCAAAAAUGGCGUCAAUGGCGAUCUUAACUCGUAAAUGGAGGCCUCUUUCCAAAACCAUAAACCCCAAAUUCAUCACAACAUAUGCGUUUCUCUCACAAGAAGCUCAAUUAGCCGAGCAACCACCAUCGCCGCCACGGGCUUCCACCACUUCGCUACCACCGAACCCCGCCACAGGGAGCCCACUCUACAAUGAGAAUUGGCGAAGUCCUAUCCCGAACAUUUCCUCUUCAACCUCCCCCUCUCUUAUCCCUCUAGGGUUUUCGCAACAACACCCGUCCUCUCGGAUUGAAGCUCUUUCGCAAACCCUAGAUGGUGACGCGAUCAUUAAUUUGUUUGCCGAUUGGAUGACCUCACAGAGGUGGCCUGAUAUAAAGCAACUGUUUGAGUUUUGGAUCAGGUCGUUGGAUAACAAUGGGAAACCUAAUAAGCCUGAUGUGAGUUUGUAUAAUCAUUACUUGAGGGCUAACCUUAUGAUGGGUGCUUCUGCUGGAGAAUUGUUGGAUUUUGUUGCUCAAAUGGAAGAUUAUAAGAUUGCACCGAAUACUGCAUCAUUUAAUCUGGUUCUCAAAUCCAUGUAUCAGGCUAGAGAGUAUGACGCUGCUGUUAAAUUGAUCGAUAGGAUGAUCCUUACUGGAACUGAAUCAAAGACCGCACUACCUGAUGACGAGUCUUAUCACCUCGUUGUCCGUUUGCUACUAACACGAAACCAAAUCGAUACUGCUCUGAAAUACAUCGACUUAACCCUAAAAUCAGGCUACAAUUUAUCAGUUGAAGUAUUCACAGAAUGUGUUAGCACCUGUGUCAACAAAGGAAGACUAGAUACAUUAGUAUCAAUCAUAGAGAGAUGUAAGAAAAUGGACCAAAACAAAGCCUUAUGCCCCCCCUGGAACUUAUGCAAUUACAUUAUAGACGUUGCAAUGCAAUCAGACAACAGUGAAUUAGCAUAUUAUGCUCUUGAAUUCAUGGCAAAAUGGAUUGCUCGUGGAGAAAACGCAAGGCCACCUGUCUUGCUUUCUGUAGAUGAAGGGUUAGUUGUAAAUGCACUCACAACUGCUGGCAGAAAUUAUAACUCCAAACUCUUGGAUGCCACAUGGGCAGUUCUUAAAAGAUCCUUACGCCAAAAGAAAGUCCCAACUCCAGAAUCUUAUUUAGCAAAAAUAUACGCGUAUUCUUCAUUGGGGAAUUUGCAAAAAGCUUUUAGCACUUUACAUGAGUUUGAGCUUUUUUAUAAAGAUUCUCAGAAAGAAGAUGAAGAUGAAAUGUUUUCACCAUUUACUUCAUUGCAUCCUUUGGUUAUGGCAUGCUCAAAGAAUGGAUUUGCAACUUUGGAUACGGUUUAUUAUCAAUUGGAGAACUUGAGUAGAGCAGAUCCUCCAUACAAAUCUGUUGCUGCAUUAAACUGUGUUAUCUUAGGGUGUGCAAAUAUAUGGGAUGUUGAUCGAGCAUAUCAAACUUUUAGUGCCAUGGAGUCAACUUUUGAGUUGACUCCCGACAUCCAUUCAUACAAUGCUCUCUUAACUGCAUUUGGAAAGCUCCAUAAGAGAGAUGAAGCUGUUAGAGUGUUUGAGCACUUAGUAAGCUUAGGAGUGAAGCCUAAUGCGAAAACAUACUCUCUUUUAAUCGAUGCUCAUCUCAUUAAACGAGAUGUAAAUGCUGCAGUUUCAACAGUUAAUGACAUGGUGGUUGCGGGAUUUGAGCCAACAAAGGAGAUGUUGAAAAAGAUAAGAAGAAGGUGUGUUAGAGAAAUGGAUAAUGAAAGUGAUGCUAAAGUGGAUUUGUUUGUGAAGGAGUUUAAAAUCCGUAUGGGAACAGAGGCUCGAAGGAAUUUGUUGUUUAAUCUUGAAUUUAGUACUGAGUAUGCUUAAAUUGUGUUUGUGCACAAGAGACUCAUUGAUUUCAAGAAUAGUGUGAUUUGAUUUGUUGCAGGAAUCGUGUGAUGGGGUUUUAGCGUUUGAGUAUUAGUAUUAUUUACACAGUUCUUGGAGUUGUCCUAAUCUGUUCUUGAAUCGGCCAGCUGGCGAGAUGUUAAAAAUCUGUGUAAAUUACUUGGUUUUUUUUUGUGCUCAAUUUUUAGAGCAUUUGGGAUUAGUAGAAGUAGUGUCUAAUGAAAGUUUUAGAUUUUUUACUUUUAUUUCCUUACUUUGUGAUCAUGAAGGGGAACAAUUGCGUUUUGGCAAAAUAACCAACAAAUAGGGCAAUACGAAUUGGAAUUAUUAGCAACUUGAAAAGAUGUUUUCUAAUGUCAUUGCUAUUGAUUGAUUA